GCCGAGGCGACUGUGUAAGACCCGACUCCCGGUUUCCUCUAGGCCGAGGCAGCGGUGGCCUGAUGACACCCACCGUCCCCCGGUCCGUCCGUGCGGAGGAGCUGAAGCGCGGAUGUAAUGUGACGCUGCACCGUCAGGCCAUGUAAGAUGCAACCAUGGAAGGCAAAAAAUCUGAACCGACCCUGUGGAACGACGGACGCAGAGGAAGCCACAAAAAUAUCAACAUACCUGAUGCAGUGUUAAUGAAUUCAACAGCUCUGACAUGGUCCACAGCUGCAGAGUACCACGGCGGAAAGGAGCUGGUGCAGCAGUCCCACAUGUAAAGCUGAAUGAGGAAACCAAAAGGGCACGUUCUCUGGAUCACGUUGCUGAGUAGGCGUGCUCGAUCUGUGCCUAUGACACAGGGCUGAGUGAGUCAACUGACAGAGCUGGAUGCAGUGACCACGGACGCAGCUAUGUAAGAAGACAUCUGUCCAGUGCAGAGGUCCAGACCAUCAACACGCUGCUGUGAUUCAUGCCACAUCUGUGGGCUCUCAGGGGAGCAUGGUGGUUACCCAGCAGUUGAUGUAUACCUGAGAGUUUUCUCAGCGUUGGGUCGACUCCUGUGGGACAACAAACAUCUUUUCACUUUUUGAUUUUAAAAAAACAAAGGAAAUAAGCAGGAAACAGACGCUGUUUUAAUGUUCGCCAUGCCUCGGAACCGGGCCUUUUCUGAACCAGAGUACUCGGCAGAGUACUCAGCGGACUGCUCCGUGACACUGCCGUCCGACCCCGGGCAGGCAGUGGGACGAACACAUGAGGUCACGGUUCGGAGCUCAGGAUGCUGCCUCUGUCUGCCGCGGUUUAUGCGCCUCACCUUCACACCGGAGUCCUUGGAGAACCUGUACCAGACUUACUUCAGGCGGCAGAGACAUGAGACCCUGCUCGUGCUCGUGGUGUUUGCUGCCCUCUUUGACAGCUACAUCAUCGUCAUGUGUGCGGUGGUCUACACCACUGACAAGCUGGCUUCUGUUCUUGUGGCAUCAGUGGGACUGGCAGCAGAUAUUAUCCUCUACCUGCUGUGCCGCUUCAGCCUGCUGCCAGACCGCAUCUCCAGACGGGUGGUGCCCUACGCCCUGUGGGUGCUCAUAGCAGCUCAGAUAUUCUGCUAUCUGGGUUUAAACUAUGCUCGCUUCCACCAGGCCAGCGACACCGUGGGCUGGCAAGCUUUCUUCAGCUUCUCCUUUUUCCUGACUCUGCCUCUGAGGCUGACGCCCAUCGUGCUCAUCACCUCUGUAUCCUGUGGGGUCCACACUCUCGUUCUGGGCGUCACCAUUGCCCAGCAGCAGCAGGAGGACAUCCAGGCGGCAGCACUGGGCAGACAGCUGCUGGCCAACAUUGUGAUCUAUGUUUGUGCCAUCACUGUGGGUGUCAUGUCGUACUACAUGGCUGACCGGAAGCAUCGGAAGGCCUUUCUGGAGGCAAGACAGUCACUGGAGGUCAAACUCAACUUGGAGGAGCAGAGCCAACAACAGGAACGCCUGCUGCUUUCCAUCCUCCCAAAGCACAUUGCUGACGAGAUGCUUCAGGACAUGAAGAAGGAGCCCAGUCAGAAAGAGAUGCAGCAGUUCAACACUAUGUACAUGUACAGACAUGAAAAUGUCAGUAUUCUGUUUGCAGACAUCGUGGGCUUCACCCAGCUGUCGUCGUCCUGCAGUGCUCAGGAGCUGGUCAAACUGCUCAAUGAGCUCUUCGCACGCUUUGACAAACUGGCAGCAAAAUAUCACCAGCUGAGGAUCAAGAUCCUGGGAGACUGCUACUACUGCAUCUGUGGGCUGCCAGACUACAGGGAGGACCACGCUGCCUGCUCCAUCAUGAUGGGCCUGGCCAUGGUGGAGGCCAUCUCGUAUGUCCGAGAGAAAACCCAGACAGAUGUUGACAUGCGGGUCGGCGUGCACAGUGGCACAGUCUUGGGAGGAGUGCUGGGUCAGAAACGCUGGCAGUACGACGUCUGGUCCACAGAUGUCACUGUGGCCAACAAAAUGGAGGCAGGAGGGAUACCGGGUCGUGUCCACAUCUCACAGACCACCAUGGAGUGUCUUCACGGGGAGUUUGACGUGGAGCCAGGGAACGGAGGGGACCGCUGCGAUUACCUGAGGGAGAGGGGCAUCGAGACCUACUUGGUGGUUCUUCCUAAAGGACCUGUGGGAAAGAGUGGCAUCAAUGGUGUCAAGCUGUCUGUAACCUCCUCCAAUGGGAACUCGCCGCUGUUAAUCAACACCACAGAGUGUAACGGCAGUGCUAACACGGCCUGCACCACCCCGGAGGAACCAGAAGAGCUGGACGCAAGGGUGGUGAAUCCGUCUUUCCCAAACCCACGGAGAAGGCUGCGGCUGCGGGACCUGGCUGAGAGGGUGAUUGAUGCUCAGGAGAAUGAACAGGAGCUCAACAAACUACUCAACGAGGCCCUGCUGGAGAGAGAGACAGUGCAGGCUUUGAAGGGGAAGCACACCAACCGGCUCUCCCUGAGGUUUGUGGAUCCAGACCUGGAGACUCGAUACUCUGUGGAGAAGGAGAAACAGAGCGGAGCUGCCUUCUGCUGCUCCUGUGUGGUGCUACUCUUCACUGCAGGCAUGGAGGCUCUCAUAGACCCCUGGCUCAUUGCAAACUACAUCACCUUUGCAGUGGGAGAGGUCCUGCUGCUCAUCCUGACAAUCUGCUCUUUGGCUGCCAUCUUCCCGAGAGUCUUUCCCAAGAAGCUGGUGUCUUUUUCCACCUGGAUUGACCACACCCGCUGGGCUCGCAACACCUGGGCCAUGGCAGCCAUCUUUAUCCUGACCAUGGCAGACAUCAUGGACAUGCUGAGUUGUCUGCCUCGAGUCCCAGACUCAGGCGGCACCACCAUGGCUCCCUCCUCCUCCUCCCCUUCCUCCUCCUCCACUUGGUCUGGGCCUCAUGGAUGCCUGGAAAACCCCAAAUAUUACAGCUACAUUGCUGUGCUGGCACUGAUGGCUACCACCAUGCUGGUUCAGGUCAGUCACAUGGUCAAGCUCACACUGAUGCUGCUCAUCACUGUGUCCACUGGCAUCGUGAACAUCUACAGCUGGAGGGACAUCUUCGACCGCUACGACACGGCCCGCUUCCAGGACUACAGGUCAUACCUGGUGCCUUCCAAGUUCACAAUGACAACUAUGAUCUUCAUUAUGAUGGUCAGCUUCUAUUAUUUCUCCAGACAUGUGGAGAAGCUUGCCCGCACCCUGUUCCUGUGGAAGAUUGAGGUCCAUGAGCAGAAGGAGAAAGUAUACGAGAUGAGGCGCUGGAAUGAAGCACUGGUGACUAACAUGCUGCCUGACCACGUGGCUCGACACUUCCUGGGCUCCAAGAAAAGGGACGAGGAGUUGUACAGCCAGUCCUACGACGAGAUUGGAGUCAUGUUUGCCUCAAUCCCCAACUUCUCUGACUUCUACACAGAGGAGAGCAUCAACAAUGGAGGGAUUGAAUGCUUACGCUUCCUCAACGAGAUCAUCUCAGAUUUUGACAGUCUGCUGGAUGAAACUCAAUUUCGCUGCAUUACAAAAAUCAAGACCAUCGGCAGCACCUACAUGGCAGCAUCGGGCGUCACCCCGGAUGUCAGCAAUGGCUACACUUGCAUGAAGAAGGAGGAGCAGUCUGACAGAGAGCGCUGGCAGCACCUGGCAGACCUGGCUGACUUCGCUCUGGCUAUGAAGGUCACACUCAUGAACAUCAACUACCAGUCAUUCAACAACUUCAUGCUACGCAUCGGUCUGAACAAGGGUGGAGUGCUAGCAGGAGUGAUUGGUGCCCGCAAACCCCACUAUGAUAUCUGGGGCAACACUGUGAAUGUGGCCAGUCGCAUGGAGUCCACAGGGGUGAUGGGAAACAUCCAGGUGGUGGAGGACUGCUACAACAUCUUGAAGGAGUACGGCUUCCGCUUUGUGAGGAGGGGGCCCAUCUUUGUGAAGGGAAAAGGGGAGUUGCUCACUUAUUUUCUAAAGGGAAGAGACAAACAAGGCUCAUUUAUCAACGGCUCCUCUGUCACUCUGCCACACCAGGUGGUGGACAGCUAAGGACCACACUCACAUACAGCACAUACUUGGCAGCCAUCCACCGUGUGGUUAAUGCAGAGAGGUGCCAGAGGACUUGGCCUGUCCUGAACUUCUGUUUACAGCUUAAAUUUAAAUACUACUCACUCACUCACACACACACACACCAGUCAUUACUGAACACAUACAUGAUCACUGUCAGUGGAAAGAUAUAUGUGCCAGUAGAGAUUGUAUUUGAAUUUAUAUGUCAUGUUCCAGUUGAACCACAGAAGUCCCAAUAUGGAUCAUUUGAAAGAAUGAACUGAAAAGAAAUCACAUUAAAAGAUAGGAGCACCAGAUGUAUAGAUCCAGAUAUGAUAUAAGAGUAAACGCAUACAAAUGAAAAAGAAUAUAAAGAGACCACGUGGGAUAGGCUGAUUCAAGUGUCCUCAUGCAACCUAGUCCAGUGAUGGCCACAUCUUUUCAUUCAUGUGCAGUUGCUCAUAAAAACUCAAAAAGUAAAAAUAAGCAUCUUUGCAGAAAUAAAACCUGGAUUUCCACUCGAUAGUGAUAAUACAAGUAGGCCUAAUGAAAUGGCUUCAGUAAAUGUGGAGUAAGUUGGAAGCCUGUAGCAUGUUUUCACAUUCUGCUGUGAUCAGCUUCUCCAACGCUCGAUACCCCACUGAGUGUUUCCUCUCAAUUCAAAACAAACGUCUGUCCUGAGUGAUAUGAUCACUGGUUGACAGCUCAGUCCAGGUGGUAACUAACCCGAGACACAUUAAGAACCAAGAUCCAAACUCUCAAACCACAUGCUUACUGCUGUGUAAACGUGCUCUGUCCCACGACAGCUUCAUAAUUAAUCAAAAAUAUUUUUACACUUCUCAGUGUUCUCCAUACAUUGAUUUAUUUGUGACCAGAUCUUGAUUUUCUACUUAGUUUAAUUUCUUCAAAUGGGUUAAAUCGUAUUCCAUGUAAAGCUCUAUUCUGUAUUGUCAGCCUUUCUAAAAACAUCAUUUGGUCUUUGAGAAUAUAAAUGGAGUGCGUAUGUAUUUUAAGGGAAGUGAGAUCGGUUCAGACACAAGUGGAGACGCACUCUAAUGCCAGGUGUGAACUGACAAACAUGGAGCUGUCCACUUGUGGUUGGAUUACUUGAGACACAUGUAUACCAGUACCAAUACCUGGUGGAACAGGGCCCAGUCACACACACACAGAUGCAGCCUUUUGCUUUAAACUGUGCAGCAGAAAACCAGCCUCCUGUGUUCUCCUGUGCAGACUGAGUCCUUGACACAGACGCCAUUUUUUUAGGAUUUCUUGUGAAAUCACUAAACGUUAACACGACUUCUUAUCUUACAAGUUUCUUUUGGAAUUUUUUCCUGUGUUUUGUUCACAACAUUUCAACAUAAGGACUAAUUUGAAAGUAUGUAAUUUAAAUACAAUGAUGGGCUUUAUCACUUUCCAUAGAUGCCUCUCAGACAAACACACACAGAGGUCCAACAAUCUAAAUUCAGGAGAUCAUUCCACAUUUGUGAACCACUUAGGGAUGCGUGACAGACAGAUGUGAGUUCUGAUGUUCUGUCUGUGAUGAGGAGGAGGAUUUUGAAGUGGAUGAUGUGAUGAUACCGAGUGAUCUCUCAUCCUGCUGCUGCCUCGUUGUGGAAAUCGUGCGCGUUAGAGUGUGUGCGUGGAUAUUUUUCCACAGUGGUGGUUCUCCCUGAUUCUGAAAAAGGUCAGAUCUGUGAGUAUUGUGAGACGAUUGUGUGCCUUGAAGUUGUGUAACAUGAAAGACAACAUAUGUAAAUGGACUGUAUUUAAAUAGAGCUUUUCUAGUCUUGAUGACCACUCAAAGCGCUUUACGGUGCAGUUUUGCCAUUCUCUCACACACACACACACACACACACACACACACACAUUCAUACUGUGCAUCUAUGUGCAGCGCUUUCUCUUUCAUACAACAAUCACACCCACACACCUCCUGAGCCACAGAUGUCCCUCCUCUCCGUUUUGGGAGAGGGACAGAUGACUCGUGGCAGAUAUAUUUUCACAGUAGAAUGAUGGAAGUGCCUAUCACAGCUGUGAUCACCAUCUUUUAACUCAUUGAACUGAUUCCACGGCCAUCUACAGGCAGGGGAGAGUCUACAAGUCCUCGGUGCUGUGAAAAGGAACAUUCUGGUUUAUUACAACUUGGGUUUUAUGGUUAAUGAUAACAGUGUAGAGUUGAAAGGUGAGAUCGUGGUAACAUUGACAUCACCACAAAACAGUCCAGGUUAGUCAGUUUAACUGAAAGAAAAGAAAAAAAAAGGCAAUGAAAGGUCACUUGUAGUCACUGCAGUGAGGGAUUAUUGGCAACAUUCCAGAUGAACCCUCUUUCAGUUUGACACCAAAUAAAGGGUCUAAAUUAAUCAGGAUAAAGGUCGUUCAAGUUUCUUUACCUAAGCAAUUUUAAGUGGUGUCACUUGAAUAUCUAAUCUCAGACAUGAAUGUGGCGUGUACAGUGUCAGAGAGGCCACAUAGGAUGCACCCUGUGAUAAACUAUAACCUGCUUUUGACUAGAUGAUGGUCAUAAUGUCGGGAAUAACAGCAGCCAAAUGUACAGAGAUGUAACCACAAUGUGAUCCAGGAUCUGUGUGCUUUUACACCAUUUACACAAUCAGGGUUACAAUGAUCCACAUAAGGUAUUCAGAUACAGAUCUCAUGUUUACACCAGGUAGAAAUGUGGUCUCACUUAUUUCUCACUAAUCUAGUGAAUUCUGGCCUGAAGUUGUCUGUUGUCUGUGUCCUUUUAGAUCCCAUUCAGACCUGGUAUUAACACCCGUCCUGAAAUAUCCCAUGAUAAGUGCACAGCUCUAUGUACGUGUGUGAACACACCCCAAUGCGUCCUCAAUGUGUCCUGAGAUCUGGUCCCUCAGACCAAAUUCAAGGUUGUCUGGGACACAUUCUUUUAGCUGUGUAGAUACAAAUGCGUCCAGGCCAGAUUGAAGUGCCGUCUUCUCAUCUGAUGUUCUCCGACCCACUACAGUUUCCUAAUGAACCAAAAGUAUUUUUACGCUUCUCAGUGCCCAUAUGUUGAUUUGUUUGUGGCCAGCACAAGCUAUGAUGUAAAAUAAUGCGUGCAGCGCAUGGAUUCCUUCCUGACUCUCUCCUGCUCUUCCCACACUGACACAGAUACAUUUACAAUGGACACGUCUUUAAAAACAGCAUCAUUCGGUCUUUGCAAACAGAAAUGAUGUAUGUGUGUGUUUGCUUAUGAAGCAGGGAGUUCAGAUCUGAUCACAAUUGACGGGACACAUUCAGGACAGAUUUCAAUACCAGGCCUGAACAGGGCCUUUGUCUCUGCUGGCUUAUGUAAAGGGACAAAAUGGACAUGAGCGUGUACAGCAGACAUGCACAUGGUUCUGCAAAUGCUUAGUUCAAGCGUGUGCAGUUGGUAGAUGAUGAAAACAUUGACAUCUAUUAAAACCAUGUGUCUAUGUGGACAUAGAUCAUUGAAUCCACUCUCAAGAGGACACAUCCUCUCACAUGUUCAGCAGGUCCAAACUCUAAUUUCAUUAUCUGGCUCCCUCUACUCAAGGUGGAAAGCCUUGCCACCCAAAUCAGCAGGCACACUUGAAGAGACUGACUUGUCACUUGAAGCUUGACAAGUCAACUAUUUUAACUUAAAAUAGUUAAAUGGGUCUGAUCAUGAUAUUUUGGUCAAGUUGCAGGCAGCGAUUUGCUCGUGACAAUGCACCGGAUUUGAUUGCAUUAGAGGAACUUCAUACAUUAUUCCCUGAAAAGUUUGUAUUUCAGAUGUAGGAGGCAUCAAUGCCACAGCCGUGACAAACCCACCUGGCAGACAGCAGCUGCACUGUACAUUAGUUUUGGCAAAAGGAUUUAAGGAGCCACUGCUUUUUUCCUCUGCUGAUUGUAAAACUCAUGAGUGUCUCUGUAGAAUGGGAUGAAAGUGCAAUAGUUUCUUCUACAAUCCUGAUUCUCUCCUCUCUUUAGGAAAGUGUCAAUCAUUCCUACCCCUUUAAUUCAUAUUUUUAUAAUGUAAUGUUUUGUUCAGUUCAAAGAAAGGGAAAGAGGACUGAACGCGUCCUUAUUGUACAUAGAGUUUAGACUCCGUUUAUUGGUCAGAUUUAUUUAUUAGAAAUGACAGGGAUAUUGACUUUUUUCUUACACAGAUGUGAAAGUGCCAAUGAUAAAGGAAUGGCUUUAGAUGUAAAAGCCACAACAUGGACCACGGCUGUUUCCUUAUUUGUAUUUUAAAAGAAUCUCAGGCUUGGGAACAAAAUAGCACUUUGGAUAAUGUGUCAAAUGUGUAUAUGAUUCCAGGGUUUGGUUGCAACAGAAUUAUUGAGCUAAGUACAAACACAAGAACACUUACGUGCCAUCCGGAGAGCCCACGCCAGCAGGGCCAGCCAAUGGCGUCAAAAGGCAUCAACAUUCACUGCUGUGCUUGUAGUUGUUACUGUUCAGAUUCUGACAGAUUUUAAAACAGAACUUUGAUUUCCCCUCACAACUUUGUGGGCUGAAUUAGAUGGACUGUGACUCUACUUAGCCUGCUCUGAGCUGCUGAUCCCAGUCCUGGAUUUUUAGUUGAAGAAUUUCUCAGUCAGUGUGCUGUCUUUCAUUUCAGUUGUUUGUCAUCAUACGGCGAGUUGAUUAAAGAAAUCUAAUAAAAA